UGGAAAUCAGCUGAGCGAUUCAAUUCUUGCUGGCUACAGCUUUGAAUAUUAAUAUGGCGUAUCUGCCCACUCUUGCGCUCGCCUUUUACUGUUUUUAAACUGUCGAUUUAUCUCAAAUCGUAAGGUUAUUUGGCACAAGACCCUGUGAUCUGUCGACCAUCCUGUUUUGCUGCAGUGAACAGAUGCUAAGCAUGCUGGGACGUGACUGAGGCAUGAUGGAUCCUGAGGAAGCCGAGCUUCAGAAUGACUACCGUUAUCGCAGUUACGCAGCUGUCAUUGAGAAGGCGCUGCGGAACUUUGAAUCAUCUAGUGAAUGGGCCGAUCUCAUCUCCUCACUAGGAAAACUCAACAAGGCUCUCCAGAGUAAUCUAAAGUACUCGCUGUUACCGCGGCGGCUGAUCAUCGGGAAGCGUCUGGCUCAGUGUUUGCAUCCUGCCCUGCCCAGCGGCGUCCAUCUCAAAGCACUUGAGACCUAUGAGGUCAUUUUCAAAAUCAUUGGCACAAAAUGGCUAGCCAAGGAUCUCUUCAUAUACAGCUCAGGACUGUUCCCAUUGUUGGGUCAUGCAGCGAUGUCGGUGAAGCCAGUUCUGUUGACGCUGUAUGAGCGGUACUUCCUGCCUCUUCAGAGGGCGCUGUUACCCAGCCUGCAGGCCUUUAUCAUGGGCCUACUGCCAGGACUAGAAGAGGGCGCGGAGGUCUAUGAGAGGACGGAUGCAUUGCUUGUGAAGUUGUCAGUGUUGGUGGGUCAGUCUGUGUUUUAUGGGGCAUUGUGGGGUUCAUUGCUUAUAUGUCCUCUGGUACGGCUCCCAGCCACCCUCUUCAUCGUCGCACACUUUGACCACUCAGUCACUGCUCGAGAACAGAAGUAUAUGCUUGGGACAGACCACAGACUAGUGGUGAAAGCUGUUUGUCUUGCCUUACAAGACUCUAAUGUUCUGGUCCAGAGAAACAUGCUGGAAAUCCUUCUCUACUUCUUCCCCUUCACUACCUGCCAGGAUCCUGAGGAAUGUGCUAUUCCACUAAAUCAAGAUGAGCUGAUCAGUGUGGUGUCUGCUGCCUCACUCACCCUGCUCAGGAGAGACAUGUCUCUGAAUCGACGCCUCUAUGCAUGGAUGCUCGGCUUAGACAUCAAAGGAGGAAUGGUGGCUGCAGACUCCAGUCGCUUUAACACUGUGGAGCAAUACACUGCAUUCUACUUCAGUACACAUUCCAGAGAAUUACUGGUGCAGGCUGUGGUGAAUAUUCUGAAGCAGAAAGAUAUAGAGGCCAACCCAGACAAUCUAAUAGAGUAUCUCAGACCGUUUCGCAUCAUCAUUAGCCUGCUGGACAAAUCUGAAAUAGGGCCAUUGGUGUUGUCUGAUGUGUUGCUAGAGGUGGUCAGAGCUUUUUACAGCUACUGUAAAGUGAUGUUGGGAGAGGACAAUCUCAACUCCAGCCUCAGUGGCAGCCAACUCAACAGUAAAAUCAAGGAGAAUAAAAACUCCUCUGAGAUCAUAAAGACUGUCAAUAUGCUUGUGAGUGCUAUGAGCAGCAAUUAUCUCUGGGACUACAUGACAAGACAUUUCCAGAUUUGUCUCAGCUCACUGAGUGAUCCAGCUAGGAAGCAUCCAUCUAAAGACUGGAGUAGCCCUCCCUCAGUGACUGAGCUCUCAACGCUCAUUAUCUUCCUGUUGGAUGUUAUUCCUUUGGAACUCUAUGCGGAGAUUCAAACGCAGUAUCUGCCACAGAUGUUGGGCAGCAUGCUGCAAUCACUGCGUAGUCACAUGACAUCCCUUAGCCUACAGGAGCUCACGCAGGCCAUGAGAGCAUGUUUUAAAGUGCUCAGUAAGACCCAGAUGCCUGUGGCUUAUAUGGACAUGGAGGCUGAAUCACAGGCACAAGAUCUGGAGCAAACACAGAUUGUGAUGACAGGCAACACCAAAGUCAAGGAAAGUGACCAGGUGAAUGGUAACCAUGAUGACAGCUCCAGUGAGGGCGGUCUAAAUGGACAGGAGACACAAGAGGCAGAGCCAGGUGUAGUAGCUCCAUACCCUCCUUUGCGCUCUGAAGACAGUGGAUUAGGCCUUAGUGCAUCUCCAUCUGAACAGCACCUCCUACCAGGCCGUAAUGGAUCAGAUGCUGCUUCUGAUGUGAACCCUGAAGCAGAGGAUGUGUGGAGAAGAGGAGGAACUAUAGAAAACAUGUCCAAAUGUGUGCAGGACAUACUGGCAUCUGUGAUCACAAGGCAUUUGUUAGAUGUCAUGGAUCCAGAGAAGAAGAAACAGGAAGAAGCAAAUCAGCUAGAUCCUAAUGCUUCCCCUAGAGGCAGUAAACGGUCUCCAUCAAAACGGAAAGGGAGUCGAGACUUGGGUUUAAUCAAAGACAGACUUGCUGAGUUCUUCAACCCUAGUAAACUGAGGAUCCAUGUCCUUCAUGGGUCUUCUAGGGAUGGAGGUAAAGACCACAGACCAGCCGAGUUGGAGUGGAUGGGAAAUUUCCAGUCAAAGAGCAAAGGGGAGAUAACGGAGUUGUGCCGCCAGGCCUUCACUGUGGUCUGCCAGCUUCUACUGGAAUGCACAACAUUUCCCGUCUAUUUCACUGAGGAAGAGAACCAAGACCUGCACACAUCUAUGUUCAACAAGACAGGGAUUGAGGGAACCCUUCCUGACUGGCUGAGGUCCUUGAUGACUCUGUGUUGCCUGACGAAAGACUACCAGGUGCAACAUGUUGCAAUCUCCUCUUUGCUGGAGCUGAUCAAUCACUCUCAGUCUUUAGCCCUCGUCAUUCAGGAUAAAAAUCAACGUUAUAAGAACUCUGAUGCAAACCCACUCAGCGGACAGCUGCAAAUGGUCACCCUGCCUCCCAUCUACCCAGCUGUUCUCAAAACUCUGGAGGAUUCCACAGACUUUUACUUGCGUGUAUCUCAGGUUUUAUGGGCUCAGCUGCACACGGAGUGUAGAGAGCAUCACGUAUCUUGUGUGGAGCUUUUCUAUCGGCUUCACUGCUUGACUCCAUCUGCAUCCAUCUGCGAGGACAUCAUCUGCUUGGGUUUACUCAGUGGAGACAAGGUUGUGUGUCUGGAGGCGCUCCACAGGUUCUCGGUUUUGUGGCACCUGACACGAGAGAUCCAGACCAAUCGCAGCACUUCUCUCAGCCGCUCCUUUGACAAGUCUUUGUUUGUGGUACUAGAUAGUUUGAACAAUCAGGAUGGUAGUGUUAGUGCCGCAGCACAGAACUGGUUGGUGCGGGCUCUCUCUCUCAAUGAUGUGGUCCGUAUAUUGGAACCGGUGCUGCUCUUACUGUUGGACCCCAGAACACAGAGCUCACCCAUACAAAGCAUCAAACAGAAUCUCUCUGUUGGUAAUUUAAAGGCACUGACCUGGAGAGACAGAUCCAUCACAAAAAGUGUUGGAGACAACAUAACUCCCGGUUGCCAAACAGAAGAAAGCCUUGUCAGACGCAUCACCAUAGUAGACCGUGAAGCACUGUGGGCAGAGUUGGAACGAGAUCCAGAACUAACGCCUCCAGACUCCCCAACAAUGUCCCGGAGUGAGAGCGAAGAGACUGAGGGAGAGGAUGAAGAAGAAGAGGAAGAAGAGGAAAGUGAACACACCGAAUCUGCAGACACCAGUGUCACUCAGAACUCCACUGAAAUCUCCAGCUCAAGCUCCGCCCCUUACUUGCAGCGCCAUGAUGAUGGUAGCGUAGAGGAGGAGGGUGUGGCCAACGGCCUGCAGAGGGUCGAUUCAGAACGCACGCAGGUUUCGGAUUCGCUCUCAAGUGAUGAAGAUGAUGGUCAGUUGGAGGCUAUGGUCAAGUCCCGGUUGCUCAAGCGUCAGCAGGAGAAACGUGAGGCAGUAGAUUCGCUGUUCCGCCAUGUUCUGCUCUAUAAGCAGCAGUACGAGAGCAGCCGAAUUCUCUAUGCCUUUACUAUUUUAGACACCAUCCUCCGGACUAGUGCAGGGCCAUUUGUGGAGGCUCUCUCCAGUACUUCUCUGGACUGUAGCUCCAUUGCCCAUCUUAACCUCAUCCAGAACCUUCUGCAGCGGCACCGUCAGGCUCAGGACGGUGGCAGCUUCUACGGCCGAUUGCAGACCUCAACUCCACCAAGUGGAGCCACUCCUGACCCAUCCCAGCCAGCAUCUUCUCCUCUCCAUUCACCAUCUUCUCCUUCCUCUUCAUCAACUCUCCUGCUAGAGCUACUCACCUGCCUGUGUAUGCGUUAUCUCCGCUCUCACUAUCCCUCCUAUGCUAGCGUUCCCACUCGCCAACUCCAGGCCAAUCGGGAGGUCCAGGUGAAAAGUGUGGAGGUGCUGACAGAGUUGAUGAUCCAGUUGGUGAGGGUGGCCCAGCAAGCUCAAAUAGGGGAAGCAAAGGGAACUGCUAGCUUGGAGGCGGUGCGCAACCUUCUUUGGGGCUACAACGUGCAACAAUACGUCCUUCUAACGCUUUCCGCCUCCAUGUAUGUCUGCCAGAGAGCUGAUCGGCCAGAACAGCACAAAUUGCCUGAAGAAGACCAAGGAGGAGAUGAAGGGGAGAUCUCAGAAGAGAGCCUGAUCAACUUUGGCCGGGAUGGGAUCUGGGCUGAGCACCCACUUCAGAUUGCCCUACUGAAACUUAUGAAGGUUCUUAUUGUAUUGGAGCACCACGUGUGUCCACCACACACCAAAGCACAAGAUCAUGAUCAAAGCAAUUCCAACCCACAUCGACGUGCAGAACCGCCAUCUUCAGCCUUGGCUCGAGAGUGGCAAACAGCUGUGAUGUUCCAGCAGUCCAUCAAAGCAGUGCGUUACGUAGCCAGUCAGCCUAUCACCGCUCAGGGUAUGUUUGUGUCAGCAGCAGCCCGAGCUUUGCACCCGCAGUAUGGCUGUGCCAUGCACCCAGCCUGGGUGACUCUGCUUUGUGAAGUGUUGCCGUAUUUAGGACGAUCACUGGCCAUCAUUGUAUCACCCAUAAUUGCCCAGAUCUGCAGGAACCUGGAUGAGCUUGUUAAACAGCACGAGCACGAUGGAAUCAAAGCUUCACACAAUGGUACCUUAAAGAGGGAGAACAUAGCGCCUGACUAUCCUUUGACACUACUGGAAGGACUGACCACUAUCACACACUACUGUCUUCUAGACCACAAGAAAACUGCAGGCUGUGAUGUUCCAGACCUACGAAAUGCUAGUAAUGCCAUUCUGGAGGAGUUUCCGCACAUGAUUAGCAGCAUGGCCUUACUCUGGGGUGUGGUCAAGGGCUGUGACUCCACCCAUGGCAGCAGAGCCUCACCCACCUCUGUGUAUUUUAAAGGCACAAAGAUCUUGAGGCAAAAGGUUCUGGAGUUCUUGAUGCCACUGACUCAGCAGUUUGGGGUGCAGGUCAUGGCCUCUGUGGCCGCUGUAUGGAGUAGCAGGAAGAGUCGCAAAAGACGUUCCAGAAACAAGAUUUUACCAGAUGCUAGUGAUUCUCAAAUGACCUUGGUGGACCUAGUGAAGGCACUAAACACACUCCGUACGGACACCAUAUUGCAGCUCAUCAGAGAGGUGGUGAAGAAACCCCAUCAGAUCAAAGGAGAUCAGAAGACUGCAUUAGUUGACAUUCCAAUGCUACAGUUCAGCUACGUCUACAUUCAAAGUCUCACUGCUCAAGCUCUUCAGGAGAACAUCAAUCCUCUCCUCUGUCUGCUCAGAGAAUCUAUCCAGCUUAAUCUCGCCCCUCCUGGACAGUUCUUGCUCCUCGGCAUCCUUAAUGACUGUGUAAAUAGACUUCCCAAUAUUGACAACAAGAGGGAUACUAAAGAACUGCAGGAAGUGAGCCAGCGCAUACUAGAAGCUGUGGGAGCUGUGGCUGGCUCGUCUCUUGAGCAGACUAGCUGGCUGAGUCGUAACCUGGAAGUGAAAGCACAGCCUCAAGUCUGUCUUCAGGGAGAUGAAGAUGACCAUGAUGCCAAUGAGUUUGAGGAGUGUGCAGGCCAGGGCAGUGCUAUGGUGUCAUCUUCAGCACCAUCUGUAUUCAGUGUACAAGCUCUGGUUCUGCUUGCUGAGGUUCUGGCUCCUCUUUUGGACAUGGUCUAUCGCAGUGAUGAGAAGGAGAAAGCCGUGCCUCUUAUUUCCCGUCUUAUGUAUUACGUUUUUCCCUAUCUAAAAAAUCACAGUGCCUAUAACGUGCCUAGUUUCUGUGCGGGUGCUCAGUUGUUGAGCAGUCUGAGUGGAUAUGCCUACACUAAGCGAGCAUGGAAGAAAGAGGUGCUGGAACUCUUCAUGGACCCAAUGUUUUUCACAAUGGAGUCCUUGUGUUCCUGCCAUUGGAGAUCCAUCAUAGACCAUCUUCUGACUCAUGAAAAGACAAUGUUCAAAGACUUGAUGAGCAUGCAGAGCAGUUCUUUGAAGCUCUUCAACAGCGCUGAGCAGAAGCCUAUGUUACUGAAACGACAGGCUUUUGCCGUGUUUAGUGGAGAGAAUGACCAGUACCACUUCUAUUUGCCUCUCAUUCAAGAGCGUCUAACAGAGAACCUGCGUGUGGGACAGACCCCAUCAGUGUCAGCCCAGAUGUUCCUCAUGUUCCGUGUUCUCCUGCUGAGGAUCUCACCACAACAUCUCACCUCUCUCUGGCCAAUCAUGGUCACUGAGCUGAUACGCAGUUUUAACCGCCUUCAGAAGACACUACUGGAUGAUAAAGUUUCAAAGAGUAAAUUGCGGGGUGGCAAUGACAAGAAUGGUCUACUCUUCCCUCAGGCAGAGCUGGACAUGUACCUGUCAGCCUGCAAGUUCCUGGACACCGCUGUGUCCUUCCCUCCUGAGCACAUGCCUCUGUUUCAAAUGUAUCGCUGGGCUUUCAUUCCUGAAGUAGAUGUCGACCAUUAUGAUGGACCAGGAAACGCUCUGCUGGAAGGUGAACAAGAGUGUAAACCGCAUAUUGUUAGGAUCCUGGAUGGAAUAAACCGACGCUAUGGGGAGCUGAAUGGAACAGCUGGAGAGUCAAGCACAGAUCGAGUGGAGUUUCCUCUGCUCACACUACGUUCUCUCUGCUCUAUCGUGGAUCUCGUCCCGUUCUUCAGCACCCUGUGCUGCUCUUUUAAUGGCUCCUCCACACACCUCCCGCAUUAUGCCGCCGACUACCCACCGCCCAGUAGUGAUCAGGUCAUGAAACGCCUAGAGCACAUCAUUGAAGGAGAGUUCCUCGAUGGACUGGACAGUUAGAUGAUAGAUCACAUUCUAAUCUUAAAAUGUUUUGCUCAACUUCUGUAAUUGCUUUUGUAAUUGAUGUAAUUGGUUUCUCUUUGAAGACAAAAGUGCAAUGAAAUUUCUUUGUAGCAUAAUAGUUUACAUGAAAUGUAUAAAGGACCCUGCUAAUUUUCGUGUUAUAAUCUUAAUCAAUGCACGUAAAGUUGUUUAAGGUUUCUAGAAUGUUAUGACCAUUCUGAGUCAUACACGCUGUGAAUGUAUAUCAUCUUUGUAUUUUAAUCUGACUUAAGGUGGGCGUUCUGUUCAUUCUGUGCACAUUCCAUUACUGUUUGUUUCUGAAUGAGCCAAAUGAAAGAUUAUGUGGCCAUGUUUCAUUGGCCAUAAUGGUCAAAACAAACAGUUAAAGCAUUUAUUGAUUGAAUUUUUUUUACUUGUAUGUAGGGCUAUUAGUAAUUUCUUUACUUGAUAUCCCUUUGCAGUAUUUUCUUUCUGUACUUUCUGACCUCUGUUUUUUUUCCUGCAAGCUCAUCUAUCUGUUGGGAAAUAUUGACAAUGUUAGUUGUUUAUCGUCUAGUGUCCGUUUGUAAGACUUUGUUGCAUUCUGUAUGUCUUUUAUUCUGCUAUGUUUCUCCACUCACUUUAAAUUAAAGAUAAUAUGUAUCUUUAUUCUAAUUAUGUGGAUAUUGAAUGUCUUCUUUUCUGUGUAGAAUCAAUACUCUGUUAAUAUUUACAGCAAAGGAAUUGUAAUGCACAUUUUUAUUCCUGUACCCAAGUGAAUGUUUUUGAUCCAUGUUUGUUUUUCAUUAUUUGUAGGACCUCAAGGACGUUUUUAUGCUGUUGCUUUUUAAUUUUAGAGUGCACCUGAUUUGACAGUUAUAGUCUUAGUCUCAAAUGUUACUGCUAGUUUACUACCUUGGCCUUUGAUUGAAGUGCCUAAAAAUAAAUGCUCUAGUUAUGGAACAUCUUUGCUCGUUCUGUAGUUGCUAUGUGCAAUAUAGCAACUACAAAUAAGCUUCAAAUAAGAAGCUUAUAUUUCCUAUUAACAGCAGUAAAGAGUGAUAAUUUUACUGAAGUGAUAGCAGAAUUAAUGGCACUAUGAAAACAUAAAGACGUCCACAGCCUCACUCCAUGUUAUUUAGUGGUUUGUUCUCUGGAAUGUUGUCAAUUUAAUUUUUCUUGAGGAAAAAUAUGUUAAUGCUUACUAAAGUGAUUUAUGCGUAUGUUCUGCACAUAUGAAUAAAAUGACCCUG